AUGGCCGGCCACAUUGCCGAUGUCGUGGGCCGUCGACCUGCCAUCCUCACAUCGUACAUCGUCAUGGUCGUAGCAGGUGUGUUCUCAGCAUUUGUCAACACAGUAGACGGCCUUAUGAUCACAAGGAUAUUCGUUGGCUUGUCUUACGGUGUGGUGACUCCCAGUACUCUCACCCUUCUCUUGGAAUGCACCCCUUCUACCAAACGCAAUGUUGUUAUUGCCUUCAUCCUUGGAAUGUUUUCUGCCGGCCAGCUGCUGGUCACGGCUCUUCUAUGGUGGUUGAUGCCGGACCUGCGGCUCCACGGUGACAACUGGCGCUGGGUCAGUGCCCUUGCCAUCCUGCCAGCACUAGCAUGCCUUCCAUUCGCUGUUUGCCUUCUACGCGAGUCGCCUUACUAUCUUCUUUGUCACCAUCGAAUAACGGAGUUGGUUACUCUCCUGAAGGAGAUGGGUCGAUGCAACGGCACCUCCGAGAAGUUGUUGGACCUUAGUGAAGACACCGUUAUUCCAGCUGAUGUCCCUGUUGAUGACGAGAAGCACUCCUUCACCGGAAGGAUAUCUGGCGUUUUCGCCAAGCGUACCGGCUGGGCGACAGUAGCCCUCUGUUUCCUCACUUUCACCGGCAACUUCGCCUUUGUUGGAGUCGCCUAUAUGCUGCCGAUAGCCCUCCGCCAAAUGGCUGAUAGAGGUUGGGAUGCUGCUGGCGGCCCAAGCCCAGCCCUCUCCCUUUCUCUCAUCACCAUAGCUGGGGUGGUCGGGGAUGGCCUCUCCUGCCUCGUAGUCGUCGACAAGUUUCCUAUAGGCUUGAAGGGGGUCAUUGCUGCCUCUGCGUUUGUUGCAGCGCUUCUGAGCCUGGGAAUGAUAUCUUUGGACCUUGCCGCUCCCAUCGUCGGUCUGAUGUUGGCAUUCCUCUACAAUUUCCUUAGCCAGCCUUUCCUGAGCACAGUAUACGUCUAUAUUCCUCAUAUCUACCCCGCCUUCUGUCGGACGACCGGUAGUGGUUUCUGUAUGAGUUGGGGGAGAAUUGGCGCUGCUGUGGUACCUCUCAUCUUCGAAGGGUUGGGUAGUCUGAGUGAUGAUGUGAUGGACUCCCGUCCCCCGGCAAACCAGACUCGGACUUGGCCCUUUUCUCUUGCAUUAGCGUUCCUCUUCGCUGUCUGCACCAUUGUCGCAAUGCCUCUCCCUGACGAAGCGAGGAAUACGUCCCUCGACACCUGUGCAGUCGAGUGGGUUGAACACGAGGAAGACGUAGACCAGUCUUCCGAGGAGGAGAGGAAGGCUCUCAUCGACGACGCCGCCAAGCAGGCAUGA